GAAUCUCCGCUUGGUGUGGUCUGCUGGCUCACUCGGGGGAAGAGAGCGGGGGGCGACAUCUUAAGGAAGUGUCGUCUGCUCAAUUUCCAUUCAUUUUUCUACGAUAACUGACCACUUGGUUUAUGAACUUUUAUUCUUUUUGUAUUUUUGAAUGAAAUAUUCAACCUGGACAUAUUGAAGAUAUGUAAAUGUGACUGUUUAACAUGGAGACACGAGAGUUAAUUUAGUUCGGAUUAAACUACGCUAUGCAGGAAGGAUUGUAACAGCAAUCACGACCAUGGCAUCAGACGUAUUGGUGUGUCGUCUGGUCACGGUAUGUGUCGUCUGCUUCACGGCUGUCGUCUGCCAGCCGACGGUUCAGGAGUUCCAGUGGUCGGAGACGUGCAGUCGGACAAGGGACGACGAUUUCAGGGACGCCUUGGAUUUUAUACUGAUAGAACUAAAACGCCAGAACCACGAAAACAGGCAGCUAAGGUUAGAAGUGGACGAACUGCGUCAGAGGACGUCAGAGCAGCGUCACCUGUUGUUGCAGUUGUCGGAGUCGGUGACGUUGUUGGUGCACAAGUUGGUGACGGAGAACCAGACGUGUGUGUGCGACACCCAAAACGACGAGCACCUUUCGAUUCUUGAUCCCUGGCCUCAGGAUACCAUAGUUAUAGCUGAGGAAGAGAAGGACACGAAACCUCCACCUAAGACGACAUCAACGACUACGCCUACGACGACGCCGACGACGACGCCGACGACAACGCCUACAACAACACCUGUCCCAACUUCGCCAACACCGGACCCCUUGUUGGCACUGUAUGGCGGACAUAUACCAACAGAUUGUGAAGACAUCCGGGACCUGGGGUUCUCCACCAAUGGGACCUACCACAUCAGACCAAACGGUUCCUCCAUCCACUUCACCGUCGUGUGCGAGUUCCACGCCACCUCCGCGUGGACCCUCAUCCAACGUCGGUUCGACGGCUCCCUCAACUUCUUCAGGAAGUGGGAGGAUUACAAACACGGCUUCGGAAACCUUACCUCGGAGUUCUGGCUGGGGAAUGAAAAAAUCCAUCUCUUAACCCGCCAGAGGGCGUACGGGUUAGGUAUAGACAUGUGGGACUGGCCCGACCCCAGCAAGGAGGACGAUGUGAGUGCGCACUACUUCUCCCAGAGUAGUUACUUCCGGGUUGACAAUGAGACAUCUCACUACAGGCUUCACGUGCCUCAGGACUACUUUUCUUAUACGGGUUUUGGCGGAAGUGGACUAAGGGUCCAUGCGGGGCCUUUUUUGACCUACGACCAUGUCACAACGCGCAUGCGUGGAAACUGUGCAGUUAAAUUUCAUUGUGGUUGGUGGUUCUCUACGUGUGUUCGGAACGCCAACUUCAACGGCCGCUACUACGACGGUGGGUACGAGAACGUGAACAGCAGGACCAGAUCGAGGGAUGAUAUCUAUUGGCCAAACAUUGAACAAUCCUUAAAAAGGACGACACUUAAAAUACAGAGGGUGAACGAAACAGUUGUAGAUGUAUUUUGGUAGUGAAUGCAUGAGUUUAUCUACAUCCGUCCGUGAAAGGUUCUUUUGUAUUUUCCUGUAUGAGUGUUAUAUGUAUAGCAAAUAAAUAUAUCUAUAUUAUACCCUC